GGGGCCGCUGGGUAGUCGAGAGUCGCGAGGGGAGGCCGUAAAGCACCCUCAGCGCGACGGGAAAGGAAAGUGCGACUCCUGGAGGCGCGCUUUGCGGCAAAUACCAGUCUCCGACAGCUUCCGAGGGGCAUGUUGGUUGUGCUGCAGCGACAGCAGAACCUGAGUUCCUUUUGAGAGAGGAGGAGAAGGCUUUUGUCGGGGGACAUUGGGACAUGUAGUCCUCGAAAGGAAUUGGCGCUGCUGAAUUGGCAGGACUGCCUAUUGCAUACUACCAUAUCAAGUACUGUCAAGACAUAGAACCCAGUGGCAUUAGAUCAUAAAUAGUCAACAGGAAGGAGCCUUUAUGAUUUAAAAGAUACGGUUACGUGGAAAAUAAACUGCCUCGCCUAUUCAAGCUGGAAGGGAGGGGCCACAGAUUGCAAAAGUGCUGGGUUUCAUUGUGCCAGGUACUUCCUGCUGUACGCCACACCUGUUUUAUCACAGACGCUCAAUGAAAUCCUGAAGUGAAAGCCAGCAUGUUACCAGGAAACAACAGAGUCCCCUCAAAUGUGGAUGGUACAUGCUGCCCUUCAAAGCUCGCCAAUGUUAAGACUGUGUAUUUUUACCUAUUUCCUGGCAGUGAGAGCAGACAUAGGUCAAGAAUGCCCUAAAUUUACUUCUUUAGGUUUUUCCGAUGCCUUCCUCGGUACAAAUCUGAAAGUGCAACUACUUCUGUAUACAAAAAGAAAUCAAAACUGUGCUGAGAGCUUCAGUGACCACAAUAACUACAAUCUAACAGUAUCUACAUAUCUAAAUGUGACCAAGAAAACGAUAAUUAUUAUCCAUGGCUACAGACCCACAGGAUCUCCACCAGUGUGGAUUGAUAAAAUUAAAGAUCUUCUGCUUGAAAUAGAAGAUGCCAACAUCCUAAUAGUGGAUUGGAAUCGGGGUGCCACAACAUUAAAUUAUCCCAGUGCUGUUUCUAAUGCCAGGAAAUUGGUAGAUAUUCUGAAGAUCCCGAUUGACCAAAUGUUGAAUAAUGGAGCAACUCUUGAGUCUUUUUAUAUGAUUGGAGUAAGCCUUGGUGCUCAUGUAGCAGGACUUAUUGGAAAAGCAUAUGGUGGUGGCAAAAUUGGAAGAAUUACAGGUCUUGAUCCCGCAGGGCCUUCAUUUACUGGAAAGUCGUCCCAUGAGAGGUUGGAUUACACUGAUGCCCAGUUUGUUGAUGUCAUUCAUACUGAUAUUGAUGCUUUGGGCUACAGGAAACCUUUGGGAAACAUUGAUUUUUAUCCAAAUGGAGGAACAGAUCAGCCUGGAUGCCCAACAUCAUUCCUUGGUGGAUUAUCUCAAUAUUUCAAGUGUGAUCAUCAAAGAUCUGUUUAUUUAUACAUGUCAUCAUUGGAAGAGAACUGUAAUGUAACUGCAUAUCCUUGUGAUUCAUAUGAGGAUUAUAGAAAUGGAAAAUGUGUGAGCUGUGAAGUUUUUCAUCCACUUCCAUGCCCAAUACCUGGUUAUUAUGCUGAUAAAUGGAAGAACCACUUAAUUGAAAAGAGCCCUCCUGUGACAACAGCAUACUUUGACACUUCAGACAAAGACCCAUUCUGUUUAUACCAUUACUUUGUGGAUAUUAUUACUUGGAACAAAAACGGUAGGAGUGGUUUCAUAAAGAUCAAAAUAACAGAUAAUGCAGGGAACACCACAGAAUCAAAAAUUAAUAGUGAUGCAGCUUCAUUUCACCAGUACAAGCAAGCCAAGAUACUUGCUGGAUUCUCCCCAGAUUUUGACAACAUAUCAAAAAUUGCCUUGACAUUCUCAACCAAGAAUGUAGUGGGUCCAAAGUACAAGCUUAGAGUCCUAGAAAUGAGAUUAAAAUCACUUUCAGUUUCUAAAAGGAUUCAGCUAUGUAGAUAUGAUUUCACACUGCUGGAAAAUAUUGAAACAAGCUUCAGACCCAUUCCAUGCUUUGACAUCACUGACUGAAACAAUAAUUUAUUUUAAACAUUACUUUCUCAGGGACAUUGUAUACAUCAAGUUAAAGUUGGAACAUAAAGUUAACUUGGCUCCCUUUAAGAAUGCUAAAAUUUCAAAAAAUAACGCUAACUUUGAGAACCACAGAAUGAAAUUCUGCAAGUAUUUCUGCUGUUCCCAGUGUGUUAGAAGCAUGUAUCUCUAAUCCAUUUCUAAUUACAGUAGAGUCUCACUUAUCCAACAUAAACGGGCCGGUAGAAUGUUGGAUGAGUGAAUAUGUUGGAUAAUUAGGAGGGAUUAAGGAAAAGCCUAUUAAACAUCAAAUUAGGUUAUGAUUUUACAAAUUAAGCACCAAAACAUCAUGUUAUACAACAAAUUUGACAGAAGUAUUUCAAUACGCAGUAAUUCUAUGUAGUAAUUACUGUAUUUACGAAUUUAGCACCAAAAUAUCACGAUAUACUGAAAACAUUGACUACAAAAAUGCGUUGGAUAAUCCAGAACGUUGGAUAAGUGAGACUCUACUGUAACGAAGAAGAGAGUCAAUGUGAUGAAUCAUCUUUUUGUUUACUUUGUAGUCUUCCAAGCAAUGAUAUUACAUUCAAUUGAUUUUAACAGUAAUUACAGUUUGAUCUCUGUAUGUAGGGUCAGAACUCAUAAAAACAUACCUUUUCUCAUUAACUUUGGAAAGAUUUAUAUCCAUUUAAUGUAGAUUUGAAUGGUCAGUAACAUAGGAUACCAAUUACCUUUUCAGAUAUUUGCCUGAGAUGCACAUGGGCAAAUGUCGUUACAGAGCCGUCUUCUAUCUGUUAUACUCAGCACACUAGGAACUAACUCCUGGUUGCUCAGGAUGUGUGGGGAUCGGUUUAAAUGCCAUCUUAUCUCUGUUCCCAGUUUUAACCCUGUGUAUGUUUGAGUGAGCAUCUGAACAGAACUAAGCUUGUUCGAAUCAUUCUUUGGAAGAGUGUAGAACAGAAUUGGAGAUUUUGAAAAAGUCUUGGUGCAGAUUGAACGCUAUUGAAUGAAGUUGGUUGUCUGUGUUGUUUGAGCCUAAUGUUGCUUCAACUGGAUAAGGAAGUGAAAUCUAUUACUCUGUUCAGACAUUUGGUUAUCUAGAACUUACAGACUAUUCUCACUCCCUAAAGUUUAAGACAUCUGAAAGUUAUGUCCCCUUCCCAACCACGUAUCAGUUGAACUUGACAGUCAUGCACAUCAAUGCUAAUACAACAGGACUUGCUCAUAUGUUCUGGAUAGCCACAUUGUGCAUUUGAUACUCGCCGAUGCCGAACAAAGUUCAUGCAGUUUGCUUAGGAAAUGAAUACGGUAAGAGGAGAUAGAACAAGUGUAUAAAAUUAUGUUUGUGGAGAAAGAUGGUUUCCACCUUUUCUUGGAAUCCUAUACCAAUAGUAAUUGAAAUUCAAUGGGGAGAGACUCAAGAUACAUAAAAAUAAACACAUUGUUAAAGAACUUGUCAAAAAGGCAUUGGAUGAAUAUUUAGUUGAUAAGACCAGGCAUCAUGAUGGAUACAUAUUAUUUCCUGUAUCUGUUAAGAUUGUUUCUGUAUAUCACUUAUAAAUGAAUAUCGGUCAGUGGGUAUAGUUGCACUUAACAUCCUCCUGUGAACAUCUGGUUAGCACUGCAUGAAAAAGCUGUAGUAGAUUGGCCUCUGAUUUAAUUUGCCAUAUGGCUUUUCUUAUGUUGUGGCAUUUCUUUCCCCAUCAUGUUUAUUCAAGAAUGUCUAUUAAAUUCAAUGGGACCUAUUUCUUUACAGGUACAGUAUGUUUACCAGCAUGUCCUUGUCUGCCUUUAUUAUAAUUUUGUCCUGUGAAUAUUAUUAUUUUUAUAUACAUUUAAUAAAUAUUUGUUUAUUGAAA